GAAGGCAAAACAUCGUCCUGUCCAAAUAAAACCCGAGAGAAAAUAAAAAAAGGUCGCUUUUUUAUUCUAGCUCGCUCGCUCGCGUGCUUCGAGGGAGAGAGGAAUCAGGCGUUUCGCCGCGAAUUUCUCUUCGAUUCAGGCUGUAGUUCGUCGGCAAGUAGUAGCUUUGCUCGGUUUUAUGCUACCAUAAAUCUUUAGGUGGGUUGGUAAUGUCUGAACCGGAGCUGGCAUCUGAACUUAAGGCAACUAUAAUGCCAAAUGGGUCUGAUCUGCCUCUGCCUAAGGACACUGGUGGGGAGGCUGGUUCUGAAAAGAAGGGUGGGGAAGAAAAUAGUGUGAGAACAGUUGAAGUUGAAAGGAAAGAAGAAACAAAAGAUGAUGAUGCAAAAAUGGAAGAAAUGGAGGAUGACAAAGUGGCAGAAGCCAAGGAUUCAAAAAAGGUAGAACCUGAGGAUGCACAAAUGACGGAACCUGAGGAUGCAAAAAAGACAAAAGCCGAGGAUGUGAAGGUGGCAGAAGCUGAUUAUGCAAAAAGGGUAGAAGCUGAGGAUGGCAAAGUGGCAGAGGCUGAGGAUGCAAAUAUUGUAGAAUCUGUGGAGGCGAAAGUGGAAGAACCUGAAGAUGUGGCGAUGAUGGAUGCUGAGGCUCCGAAGGAUGUUAACAAGGGGGAGGAAGAGGGGGAGAAAGAAGUAGAAGGGGAGAAGAUAGAGGAAGAGAAUGAUGUGAAGGAUGAGAAAGAUGGUGUAAAUCAGGAAAAUAAGGUUCAAGAGAAUAAUGAGGCAAAAGAAUCAAAGAAAAAACGAGUGCGGGAAAAGAAAGCUAGUCAGAAAGGGGAUGAGAAGGAAAAGAAAGAGAGUAGGUCGAAGGACAAGAAAUUGUUAAGUACUCCUUUGGCUUCAUCUACAGAGCGCCCUGUGCGUGAGAGAAAAACUGUUGAGAGAUUGGUGGAAGCUCUUGAAAAGGAACCAGUUAAAAAAUUUCUAAUUGAGAAGGGUCAUGGAACUCCUCUAAAAGAAAUACCAAGUGUGGCUUACAAGUUAGCAAAAAAGAAGCCUGCUGAUCUUAAAUUGCUUCAUCAGACCCUUUUCGGUGGAAGGCAAGGGAAGGUAGCUGAUUUCAAAAAUCACAUUCUCCAGUUUUCUGGAUUUGUGUGGCAUGGGGAUGAGGAAAAGCAGAAAACAAAGGUGAAGGAGAAACUCGAUAAAUGCGUUAAAGAUACAUUGGUGGAUCUCUGUGAUUUGUUUGAAAUACCUGUUUCAAAAACUAAUACAAGGAAGGAGGAACUAGUGGCAAAACUAAUGGACUUUAUGGUGGCACCUCAUGCUACCACAGAUACCGUACCUGCUGACAAGGAGCAGCAUUUGACAAAGUCGAGAAAGCGUAAGAGGGUGGCUAGAGGAAGUGCUUCAAAGAGCUCAGAAGGCAUACCUGGGAAGCGGCCAAGGAGGGGAAUAUCCAAGACUGAAGACUCUUUGAAAUCAAAAGGGAAAAGUGUGCAUGAACAAGCAGAGGAAGAGGAGGAAGAUGAGGAAAAUGGUGUUCCCAAGGACAAUGACACACUUAAGCAUUCCGAGAGUGAAGAAAUUGAAUCUGAAGAAGUUGAAGAUGAAGAUGAUGAUGAUUACUCUGGGAAAAGCAAACCUACUCGAAGGAAAUCUUCUAAAAGAGGUGGCUCUGCCGGUACAAAGAAGUCGAAGUUGGUAACCAGCCCCAAAAAAGCCCCUCCCCCAACACCUGCAAAGAGCCCUACUAAAUCAUCUUUGAAACACUCAAAAACUGACACUGAUGACGUUGGUGCAAAGGUCCUUCGAAGGAGGAAGAAAAAUGUUGAUGUUCCUGAGAAGAAAUCAACUCCUAAAUCAGAUCACAAGGAGAAAGCUACUGGGAAAAAGGUGGCUAAAGGUAAGGCUAAAUCAGUUGCCAAGGAAUCUGCACCUAGCAAGGAGGAACUGAGGAAGACUAUCUGUGAUAUUUUGAAGGAAGUUGAUUUUAAUACGGCCACCUUUACUGAUAUUCUUAAAGAACUUGCUAAACAUUAUAGUAUGGAUCUGACACCAAGAAAAAAAUCUAUAAAAAUCAUGAUUCAAGAAGAGCUGACCAAGCUAGCAGAUGAGGCUGAAGAGAAUGAAGAGGUUGAAGAAGAUGGAGCUGCCGAUGAGGAUGGAAAACCAGAAACUGUGGGCAAAGAGGUGGAAGCUUGAUUGCUACAAGAAGGGUACAUGUAGAUGGUUUUUAACUCAUCCUUGUUCCUUAGUCUUCUGGUAAUCCAUGUGCAAUCCAGUGUAGAAUUUUGCAGCGUUUAUCAUGCUGGUGGCCUUACCAAUUUUCUUGCAUGUUGUAUAUUUGUAACAGACUUUAGGAUUUUGUCUAGCUUAACCUGUGUAAGAAGUAUGGCGAGAUACCUGGUGUUUCUAAUGUAGCUUUGUCAACAUGAUUGCAAAUACAAACGUAUGAAGCUUGCAUUAUUUUC